UUAUGUGCAAGCUUAGCUUCAAUCAAGCUUAAUUUUUUAUUGUCUUCUUUGUAGACAUGAGGGUUUGCAUUACAAUAGGAUCUCUGCUGAAUAAAAGAAUAUAUUACAUGCUUUCGAGAUUAAGACUGUACCAAUAAGAUCUCGAAACUGGAGAAUUCAAAAACUGACAACGCCAUUGUGGAUAUUUCAUUUUUUUGGUUUUGUUUUUUAUUUUUUUGGUUAUACUUACGGUGCUUGUAUAUUUUGUAUUUGCAUAUCCAGUUAAACCUUAAUUCCACAAUCCUUGUUAUAUUAUGAAUAUUGGUUAUUGCAACAUAACUACGUCCUCGUUCACGAAAUUCAGUUUGUUCAUUUCCAUCCUUCUGCCAUAUUGAUCGUUUAAGUGGCAUGGUUACUAAGCCUUAAAACAAAGAAAAGAGAGAAAACAGGAAGAAAGRCCGAAACAACUCUCUCUCCUUAGAAAUAGGAGCUCAUUUUUAGAUCAAACCAAAAAAACUGUAAAAUUUGAUCGGUAACUUUUGGUAUGCUUGUAAUGGAGGACUGUGRUGAGCAAACGAUGUUGAUUAUCGAAGCCAGCGCUACCAACCAAAAUCUUAACGAAACGGCUGAGUUGGCCUUAAGUCCAUUCGAACUUGCGACAAACGAUGUUUAUGAUUUGAAGAUUAAGAUACAAAAUAUCAUAAAAGCUCCAGCGUGUGAUCAAACAUUAGUCUACCUUGGCCAUACGUUAGAUGAUUCUGAACAUCUGAGGGAUUUGUAUCUCCGUUGUSGAGAUACACUGAAUGUGGUGUACCCUGUGAAAGCUGACAUAGACUCCAUUGAUUUCCUAUUGCAGCCAUUCAAGGACUUUGAAACUCUGAUACCGUUGCUUUGCACUUCAGAUGGAAAGUACAUUCUACAGCCAUUGCAAAUAGAGCUAAAGAGACUUGCAGUUGGUUUAGACRGCAUUUAUGAAGUUGAGCGUCUUUUUUAUGAUCUUUUCAAUAUAUWCCAGACGAAAUCCGCUAGYUCAAACAGGAACUACUUCAAGCAAGUGAAAGGAGUGGAGUAUUUGAUGUCUAUGCUUCAUUUCACACUUCGACAAUAUUAKYCAGGAUCAKAAUCAAUUAGCGAUGAUGGUUCGAGCUCCAGAAGUUCCAUUGCAGAAAGUUCCCUAUUUGGUGUUACUGGUGUAGAAUUCCUGCUAGAUCUCAUUCAUUAUGAAAACGUUUACAACAGAUUUAGACGGCACUUGGCAAUAGUUGUUCUUGGAUUUCUGUCGAUUUUUUUGAYGGAAAAACACGAGGUAAAACUUGCUUUGCAGCUUGGUGGACUACAGCCUGCGAUGAAGUGGUUUCUUAAAAGUGACGAGGAUGUUUCCAACGACUUUCCCACGAACCUGAAUUUGACGAGUCUGUGCUUCCUKUGUUCGCUUGUUGAACUCGACCGAAACGCCCAGCUCCAGGUUGCGGAAACGGAGGAUGUUAUGGAAAAGUUGUGUGAUGUAACCAUUGAUGUUACUAAUAGCUCAGCAGUUUGCAUUAACGRAAMCCAGUCAUGCAUAGGAAAGCAUUCUAUGGCUGCAUUCAUCUUAUUUUAUGUGUCUUUUGACCAAAGAGCCCUAAGAAUUGUCAUCCGCUCUGGRAUUUAUCGCAAGAUUAUAGAAUUCACCAUGAAAUAUUCAGCUGUAUGGGUGCAGGAACCAGAGUUUCUUGUUACAAUCUACUACAGUUUGYUGUUUCUGGCAAGAGUGAGAUCUGCUACGUUGAUGUCCAUCCCUCAAGACCAAGGGCUUGCUAUUGAUGCAUGCAUCCACAGUUUCUURAAACUCUAUACACCAAUGCAGUUUGCGACUUUUGAGAAAGAAAGCUACAUUUGGAGAACCCUGAUCCCUGUUGUACACUUGGCCUUUGCUAGUGGGAUACCUUUAGAAUGUAAAACAUAUCAUCCAGACCUGGAAAAGCUCUCGGAAAUCAGGACUGAGAGGGAAGAUGAGAAGAAUAUAGAUGACCAAGUCCCCGACGAGGGAAACAGACAAGGACUGGAUCACCAUAGAGAGGGAGCGCGAGAUUAUGUUGCAGAUUCAAAUGGAGCAGGGACCGACAAAGGCGAUAGUGAAAGACGAGACGUUCUUGCAGAAGGAGAACACUACGUUCUUUUUCCUGGUUCAAAAAUGGUGCAAGAGCUAGGAAUCUUUGCUCUURAACACAUAUUGGCCAUUGAGAAAAACCGAGAGCGUCUUAAUUCCGAAAAUAUCAAURAGUAUUUUCUGCCAUUAAUGUGGCAACAUCGAGAAACAGCAUUCUUAAAAGAUUUAAAUGUGAUACCCUCCCAGGUUCCCCUUUUAAGUUUACUUUGCAAGGGCAUCCUUGCACGCAUGCGCGGUUUAGAUGCAGUUUUUGGUUUGAWUUUUUUAGAAUCAGAAUUCUUGAUUUGAAAUGCAGUGAAUCAGUCUCGCUUGGCUUACAAAUUACAA